ACGAUUCAGCAUCACUUCACAUGACGAUCAUUUAAGCACUUUACAUGGCGAUCCUGCGGACGAUCCUAAACGCUAAAUAAAUCAUUAGUAAAAAUGGCUGUCUGGGAAGGAAAGAAAUACAAAUUAGAAAAGAGUGAAAACUUCGACGAAUACAUGAAGGAAUUGGGUGUCGGUAUGGUUCUACGCAAAAUGGGUAACAGUAUCAGCCCCACCGUUGAACUGAAGAAAGAUGGUGAUAAUUACUCUUUCACCACUACCUCAACCUUCAAGACAACCACGGACAACUUCAAGCUGGGCGAGGAAUUCGAUGAAGAGACACUUCAUGGUCGCAAAGUGAAGAGCGUCUUCACUCUGGAUGGCAACAAAUUGGUGCAAGAACAGAAGGGUGACAAACCAUCGAUCAUUAUUCGUGAAUUCACUAACUCCGAGCUAGUGACUACUCUCACCCUCAACGACGUGAAGUCCGUCAGAGUCUACAAGGCUGUAUAAAUGCGCAGUGCGCUACAUGCGAAGUUCAAAACAACAGUAACAAAAA